UUUGUCAACAAAAAGCGAGUGCGAGUCAAGGUCUUCGCGAUUACCUACUCGAAUAUUUAGAUAAAAUAUUCCAUUGCUGAAUCGUGAUCGGUCAGAGAAUCAUGGAAACUCGCUUAAAAUAAUAUAAUUUUAUAGGAGCAAAUUAGUACUACUACUAACUCCUCAAUAGUUGACUCAUUCAAAUACCUAAUUGAUUUAUUUGAGUACCCCUUCGCCCAAAUUACAAUAGUACUUAAAUUAAUGGGCUUCAUUACUCGUUAACCACUUCGCGAAUUCUUAUUAGUACCCAUAAGUAUGCGCAGUUCUUCAUAAGACUACAGAAGUUUCAAACUUUUAUUACCUAUAUUUUAAGUGUUAGUUUAUUCGCAGUAGAUCUAAACAUGUCUAUCAUAAGUAAAUGCUUGUUUACUAAGGGGUUAACUAGUGUUAUUGGUGCGCAGAAUAUUCGAUCACUCAGCAAUGCAGCCAAAUACGACGUAGUAGUCAUCGGCGGGGGCAUAGUCGGCGCCGCCUCGGCCCGUGAGCUGCUCAUACGCUACCCCGACCUGAAGAUAGCCCUCCUGGAGAAGGAACACCGCUUCGCUCACCACCAGAGCGGGAACAACAGCGGAGUCAUUCACGCCGGCAUCUACUACAAACCUGGCUCGUUGAAGGCGAAGCUUUGCGUUGAAGGGCACAGCUUAGCUUACGAGUAUUGCGACAAAAAGAAAGUGCCAUAUUUAAAAUGCGGGAAAUUAAUUGUAGCGACGGAGCGAGCUGAAAUACCUAGGCUAUUAGAACUGUAUGAUAGAGGACAGAAAAAUGGAGUCAAAGAUAUGGAACUCAUGGACAGGAAACAGAUGAAAGAAAUCGAACCAAACUGCGACGGUUUACAAGGCAUCUGGUCUCCGCAUACAGGCAUUGUCAGCUGGGGGGAAGUCACGAGAUCUUUCGUAGAAGAUUUCGAAGAGCGGGGUGGACAGAAAUAUUUAAAUUUCGAAGUUAGGAAGUUCGCUGAAGCCGAGGAUAGCGACUAUCCUGUGAUAAUUUCCGAUGAAAAAGGGCAAGAAGUGCGAGCGUCUCAUGUGUUAACAUGCUGUGGCUUACAUUCAGACACAAUCGCAGUAUUAACAGGCUGUCCGGAGGAGCCUAAAGUAGUCCCUUUCAGAGGCGAAUACUUGUAUAUAGUUAGAGAAAAGAGCGAUUUAGUGAAAGCGAAUAUUUACCCGGUUCCGGACCCGAGGUUCCCGUUCUUGGGAGUGCAUCUGACCCCGCGGAUAGAUGGAAGGAUCAUUGUUGGUCCUAAUGCGAUUCUGGCGUUUGCAAAAGAAGGAUACAAAUGGAGCGACAUAAACAUGAAAGAACUAAGAGAAAUCUUACGCUUCCAAGGCUUCCGCCAAGUAGCUACCAAAUACGCGUGCUUCGGAAUGAAAGAGAUGGCACGAUCGUGGCUGAUGCCUCUCCAAGUAGCGCAGCUGAGGAAAUUCGUGCUGUCUCUGUCUACCGCCGAUGUUGAGAGGGGGCCGUCGGGCGUUAGAGCGCAGGCUAUGGGGAAAGACGGUACAUUAAUAGAGGACUUCGUGUUCGACUCGCAGCCGGGCUCGGGCGGGGGCGCGGCGGGGACGCGCGUGCUGCACGUGCGCAACGCGCCCUCGCCCGGCGCCACGUCGUCGCUCGCCAUCGCAAGGAUGAUCGCCGACAAAAUGACCGACCAGUUCAAAUUAUCCAACAGAACCGCCUCGAAAGGCGGCUUAGGGAAAACGGCCACCACCUUGUGACCUAAAACGUUUCAAACGUAAAAUGGCGCCCUAAAUUUAAAGUUAAAAUUGGUACGCGAGAUAAAAAUUCGAAUUAAAAACUUAGCGAUGACGUUUCGAAUAGAACGGGGUCUCCGUGCUGCCCCCUAUAAUUUUUGAACGCUCCUCGUCACGUUGGGACCUCCUGACGUACGGCU